CCAGUCCGUCGCGCAUGCGCAGUAGGUUUUUCCUCUCUCACUUCACCCAGCCCGGUUGCAGUCUAUUCGUUCCUGUUUUUGUUGAGUGCCUCGCUCCUCCGCUUGGCGCGUGCAAGAGAGAGAGAGAGGAGAGGGAGGAAAGGAGGGAGGAGGAGGUUACACGUGACCAGCGCCCACCGUCCCGAUUGGCCGGCGCCCGAACAAGGCGGUUGGUACUGGCGCCGACCGGUUGGGGCUGGUUUUUUUCCCCGCGCAGGCGCAGCCCGUCCCGCUGAGAGAGGAGAGAGUGGGAGAAGAAGGGCGAUGGCGGCGGACGGGAGUCCUGACGCGGGCCUAGCCGGGAUGGCCGAGGAGGCGCGCGGGGAGCCGCAGGGCGCGCCCGGAGGCAGCCCCGACCCCGUCGCCGCCGCCUCCUCCUCCGCCAACGAGCAGGCCCCGGCCAGGCCUGACGCUACGGGGCCGGAAGCGGAUCCGGAGCGCGUCGCCGCCGCCGUGGGCAGCCGCGGAGCGCGGCGCUUCCUCUGCGGGGUCGUGGAAGGAUUUUAUGGAAGGCCUUGGGUUAUGGAACAAAGAAAGGAGCUUUUUAGAAGACUUCAGAAAUGGGGAUUAAAUACAUAUCUAUAUGCACCAAAAGAUGACUACAAACACAGGAUGUUUUGGCGAGAAAUGUAUUCUGUGGAGGAAGCUGAACAACUCAUGACUCUGAUCGCAGCUGCUCAAGAAUAUGAGAUAGAAUUUAUCUAUGCCAUUUCUCCUGGGCUCGAUAUUACUUUCUCAAACCCCAAGGAAGUGUCUACAUUGAAACGCAAGCUGGACCAGGUUUCCCAGUUUGGUUGCAGAUCUUUUGCAUUAUUGUUUGAUGAUAUUGAUCAUAAUAUGUGUGCAGCAGACAAAGAGGUGUUCAGCUCCUUUGCUCAUGCCCAGAUUUCAAUCACAAAUGAAAUUUUCCAGUAUCUAGGAGAGCCAGAAACAUUCCUGUUCUGUCCCACAGAGUAUUGUGGCACUUUUUGCUAUCCAAAUGUCGCUCAGUCUCCUUAUUUACGAACUGUUGGAGAAAAGCUGUUACCUGGAAUUGAUGUGCUAUGGACAGGUCCCAAAGUAGUAUCUAAAGAAAUUCCUGUGGAAUCCAUUGAAGAAGUUUCUAAGAUAAUUCGCAGAGCUCCAGUCAUUUGGGACAACAUUCAUGCUAAUGACUAUGAUCAGAAAAGAUUGUUUCUUGGGCCGUAUAAAGGUCGAUCUACAGAACUCAUCCCACGUUUAAAGGGAGUCCUGACCAAUCCAAACUGUGAAUUUGAAACCAACUUUGUUGCUAUUCACACUCUUGCAACCUGGUACAAAUCUAAUAUGAAUGGAGUGAGGAAAGAUGUUGUAAUGACUGACACAGAAGACAGUACAGUUUCAAUCCAGAUUAAACUGGAGAAUGAAGGGAGUGAUGAAGAUAUUGAAACAGAUGUUCUCUACAGUCCGCAGAUGGCCUUGAAGUUGUCACUAACAGAGUGGCUGCAAGAAUUUGCAGUACCUCACCAGUACAGCAGUCGGCAGGUGGCUCACAGUGGAGCUAAAACAAGUGUUGUGGCUGUUCCUCUGGUUGCACCAUCUGCUUUAAAUUCCACCACAGUAGUAACAACAGUUUACCAAGAGCCUAUAAUGACUCAAGCGACUGCACUGAGUGAUGAGUCUCAGGCUCUGGUCAAAGAGGAAGAGAAGAAGCAACUGGAUGAUGAACCGAUGGAUAUGGUGGUGGAAAAGCAAGAGGACACUGAUAAGAAUAUAAAUCAAAUAUUGACUGACAUUGCUGAAGCAAAAAUGUCAGAGGAACUAAAACCAAUGGACACCGAUAAAGAGAGCAUGGCUGAAUCAAAAUCUCCUGAGAUGUCAAUGCAGGAUGAUUGUGGUAGUGAUGUUGCACCUAUGCAGACAGAUGAGCAAAUGAACAAGGAGCAGUUCAUUCCUGGUCCCCAUGAGAAGCCAUUAUAUGAAGCAGAGCCAGUGACUCUGGAAGACCUACAGUUACUUGCAGACUUGUUCUAUCUCCCAUAUGAACAUGGGCCCAAAGGGGCACAAAUGUUACGAGAGUUCCAGUGGCUCAGAGCAAAUAGUAGUGUUGUUAGUGUGAAUUGCAAAGGAAAAGAUUCUGAAAAGAUUGAAGAAUGGCGUGCUCGAGCUGCCAAGUUUGAAGAGAUGUGUAACUUGGUGAUGGGCAUGUUCACUCGUCUUUCCAACUGUGCCAACCGGACAAUCCUCUACGAUAUGUACUCAUAUGUCUGGGACAUCAAGAGCAUCAUGUCAAUGGUGAAAUCUUUUGUGCAGUGGCUAGGGUGUCGUAGUCAAUCUUCAGCACAGUUCUUAAGUGGAGACCAAGAACCCUGGGCCUUUAGAGGUGGUCUAGCAGGAGAGUUCCAGCGUUUGCUGCCUAUCGAAGGAGCAAAUGAUCUCUUUUUUCAGCCACCUCCUCUGACUCCUACUUCCAAAGUCUACACCAUCAGACCCUAUUUUCCUAAAGAUGAGGAAUCUGUCUACAAGAUUUGCAGAGAAAUGUAUGAUGAUGGAACUGAUCAGCCUUUCCAUAGCCAGCCAGACCUAAUUGGAGACAAGCUGGUAGGUGGUUUGCUGUCUCUCAGCCCAGAUUACUGCUUUGUCUUGGAGGAUGAAGAUGGCAUCUGUGGCUAUGCUCUGGGUACUGUUGAUGUGACUCCCUUCAUAAAGAAAUGCAAACUUGCCUGGAUUCCUUUCAUGCAGGAGAAGUAUAGCAAGCCCAGCAGUGAUAAGGAGUUAUCAGAGGCUGAGAAAAUCAUGCUAAGCUUCCAUGAGGAACAAGAAAUUAUGCCAGAAACAUUCCUUGCCAAUUUCCCAUCACUGAUAAAGAUUGAUAUCCACAAAAAGGUGACUGAUCCAAGUGUGGCUAAAAGCAUGAUGGCCUGUCUGCUUUCUUCUCUUAAGGCAAAUGGUUCUCGUGGUGCUUUCUGUGAAGUCAGACCAGAUGAUAAAAAAAUCCUGGAAUUUUAUAGCAAGCUGGGAUGCUUUGAAAUAGCUAAAAUGGAGGGAUUUCCAAAAGAUUUUGUUAUCCUUGGAAGGAGCUUGUAAGGAGGAUUGUCAGUCAACAUUUCAUACUGUAAUCACUGUUGGAGAGUGGUGAGCCUGAGAUUUAUCUUAUGGUCUGUCCGUGCAAAGGCAGCAGUCAGCUGGCCUGACAGGAAUUAUAUGAAAAAUCUCCAAUUACUCUCUCUCAGAUGCUGCUCAAAACACAAACUGAUGUUGGUCAUCUUCAUUUCCUGGUCUUAAGCCAUGUGCCAAGGAAUACUGCAUAUGAUGUAGCCUUGGGAAGAGAUCCACAUGAAUUCCCAAGGAGUUACUGGUAGCAGUUCGUACAUCCACCUCUGUAUUCAACAGAAUGGCUGUUCUCCAUUCCCCUUGUUUUCAUGAUGUGAGAUAUUUCCUUUUACAGAGGGAAACUGGGUGCCUGUGUUGGCUGACAAGCAAAAGAUGAAUGCAGACAACUCUGGGCUUUGUUGGCUGUCAUGUUUACUGAUGGGGGAAUGAAUGGCCAUUGCCUCUAAAGGAUAUUGGUUAAGCUUUGUGCUUUGUAGGGAUAAACUGUGCAUUUGUCUGUGGCAAGGUCACUCAGUGGCAGAAGUGUAAAUUUCAGUGUGUAAAUAUAUAUAAACUUGCUGUAUGCUGACACUUUGUGUUUAAUCGUUUUGUAAUUAUUUUGCUUUCCAAAGCAAAGUGGUAUCAUUUUGAGACAGCACUUUUAAAUAAUGUUUAAACAGAGGCUGAAGCCAACUUCACUACUGGCCUUUUCUGUGGUGCCUCAUUACUUUCACUAGAAAUCCCAAUUUGGGGAAAGAGUGCUGAUCUAGAAAGGUUGUUCCUUUAGAGGAUAAAUUCUUUAAAAGGUGGAAUUAAUGCUGUCUCCUACUGGGGAAAAACUGGUCAGAGGACAAUCCAGGAUGACCACUAUUGCCACUGACAACCAACCCAUUGCCCAGCCGCACUGGGAGGGAGGAGGAAGGGAGGACUGUCGGUUGCCAUUCCCAUUUCUCCUGUGGCAAGGGAGUCAAAUUACAGCAGGGUCUUCAAGUCAUGCAUGUUUGUGACACUUUUUGUGGACAAAAUAAGCACAUUUUACGAAUGAUUCAAGUAGAUGCCUAAUUUUAGCAUUACUGCCUGUUCCCAACAUGUAAAGGUCUUACCAAACUCUGACAUGUGGAACCUGCAUGGCUAGGAAUUGUAGUAAGGCGGUAGGUGAAGAGUUUUUACUUUUCCAUUUAUGCCUUGUUCCUACAAGAUAAUCAGCCAACGUCACACCUCAUUUCUUUCAUCUGCUGUAUCAACUGUAUUUGCUUCCUUUCAAAAUACUUCUUUUUAAAAGGAUGGAAGUUGAAUGGAUUUCUUUUAACUCCUCCCUCUGUGUAGGCUUGGAAGGAGAUUUCUCUGUUUUCUUCAAAUGGCAAUUUAUUGCCAGUGCAGUUUACAGUCUCCUUUGGGAAGCUGACGUUUGGCCUUGGUUAUAGUUAUACUCAUAGGUUGAUUUUCUUUCACUGUGCGGCCCGUUUUAAUAGCAGAGUAAAUUUAAACAGCAAGUACAUUCACUUGGGGACUGAGACACUGAACUAUGAUGAAAGAUCAUGUAUAAUCCCAAGGUGACUGUGUUGAGUCUGUUCUGGCUUUGCAUACAUACAGAGCGCUUGGACACUUCAUUUUGUUUUAAUUGGAUGUCAGAAAGAAAUAAAAAGUGUAUAUACGGCAUUAUACAUUGGGGGGAGGGAGAGAGAUCUUGAUUUUUCUACUGUUAAGCUGAACUCUUAUAUAAUUAUCACUGUUUUAAGUUAGUUGUGUGAUAGUCUGGAAAAUAUGGGUCAGUCCCUUGCUCUGAGGUUGUAAAGUGAGACAUUGACACAGCUUUCAAGGCUAUCAUGUUUCAUUGCAUACAAUUGGAAUAUCACUUUCAUGACUGUCUUUAGACCUACUGUAUCUGUAGCAGAACAAAAGACUGUGUAAAGUUGUUUUUGGAGACCAUGUGAGAAAUAGAAUAAAUUGCAAAGUGAAUGUAAA